UAAUUCAUAUCUUUCGAGAGAAGCCAUUAGGCAUUAAAUUUGCUUUCAUCUGGUUGAAACUUGAAACCGACCAACCUCUUCGGCUUCGGCUUCGGCUCCCCACUCUCCGCCACGAUGUGCGAGAUGCUUGAUUCGGUGGUAGCGUCGUCGAUCCUCGAGUUCCUCCUCCGCCGCUCAGACUUCAGCACCUCCCUCACCGGAGAAUGCCUGAUCGCACUCCCCGUCUCCUUCCCUCUCUCCUCUCGCCUCGAAGCCUCUCUCCUCCUUCGUCGUCUUUCUGCCGAUCUCUCUCGCCGAUCUAUUUCACUCAGCACCCUCCACACCCUCGAGCACCUCUACCGUCUCCAACGUUUCCCUUCCCUACUUCCUGCCUUCGCCUCUGUCGCCGUCGAGUGCACUGUCGCUCCCCUCCGCCGCCGCCCUUUCUUCUCAUCCUCCUCUAACAAUGACGCCGAGUUCUUCGACGCAGUCAAUAGGAUAUGGAAUUGUAAGGUGUCUGACAUCGAGCAGUCGGAGGUCUCUGAAUUGGUGUCUCCGGCGAUGAGAGAGGCGAGAAAGGAGAUGGAGGCCGCAGUAGUGGAUCCUGCAUUGAGGGAGGAAUUGGUCCGGCGAGAGACUAAGGAAUCGGCUCUGGAGGCUGUCAUGGUUUUUGUGGAGGAGGCGGGGAAGGAGAUGGGUCCGACGUUUCUUGAGGCUGCCGCGGAAGCAGUUCUGGGUUGGGAGAGGGAAGAUAGCAGGGCAUUAAGCAACCUUGACAGAUCUUUGAGAGCACUGCAAGGAAAGAUCAAAACUUUGCAUUCCUAUAAGUUCCAGCCAACAGAAAAUGAUGCUGAAAUGCAUCGCGCACCAAGAAAGAUGAACGCAUCAGGAUCAAAGGUUCUGUCAGACCAAGGUAACCUUUUAGACUUUUUACUCCUGGUCUACACAAAGAUGGGUGAACCUUUGACACCAGCAAUUGAUAUUUCAGACGGGAGCAAUAAGGGCUUUAAGUUGACAGGGUGUAGUUCUAGGGGAGAUCAUGGAGAAGAUGGAAUGGUUGAUGCAGAGCAAGAUUUCUGCAUCGACAAUCCCACAACUUCUCGAGGAAAGGGUGGCGAUGAUAAAAAUAGCAAUGAUGAGUUCCGGUUAGAACACUCUAGUCCACUUCCAUCUGAUGCGAAUGCUACAAACAACAAUGAUGAGACGGAUUUUUCCAAGAAAGUUUCUCUGUCUGAUGAAAAACCUAGAUGCAACUUUUCAGAUGCUGAUACCACUACCAGUUUGGAUGGGUUUAAAACUAAGAAGCGUAGUUUAAUGGACAGGAAUGCAACUGCUUCAACAUAUGAGUGGGAUUCUGGUGAAACCGAAUUUGGGCAAUCCCUACAUCGAGGAAAGGAAAUGAACAAAUUGAGACCAGGUAGGUCAGGUGAAGGAUUGUUUUGCAGGAGGAGAAGAAGGAUAUGGAAUCCACACGAGGAAAUGACUCUAAGAAAUGCUGUCGUGCAGUAUGGUGCUGGGAACUGGAAACUCAUAAAGGCCAGCCACUCUGAAAUAUUUAGUAAAAGAACUGAGCACGAUCUGAAGGACAAAUGGAGAAAUAUGACUAAAUUUUGAAAUCUUCUUAGCCUAGCAGUUCGCUGUCGAAGAAAAAACCCAGAGAGAUUGCUUCUGCAAGCCUUGACAUUAGUUCUCUGUAGGAAUUUCCAAGAACAGCAACUACGUCUCCCUCGAUGAUUUGUUGAUCUCAGAAUCUCAUUAAACGGUUGUCUCUAGACCAAUGCCAUUUUCACUUCUCCAUGCUGAUCUUCUAUUUGCAGGGCCAAGCUUUUGCGACUUGUACAUUCCUAUUUCGUCUCGAUCAAUGUGCGAAGUUGGAUCGGUGGUGUGUCAUUGAACUUAAUGGUAAUUGCAAUGCUCUCGCUCCCCCUUUAAGUUAAAAGUUUUGCUAAAUGGGAAAGUGAAGCUGCAUGUUGAUUCUUACUGUGAAAUGUUGAUUAGUUAACAAUUUUACACAUGAAAGUAUAUUUCGAUUUUGAAA